UUCCCACUGAAAUCUCCAAAUUACCCCUACAAAACGACAAAACUACCCUUCCUACCCUCUCCUUAUAUAAAAGCAUUCUCCCCUUCUCUCUCUUCUCAUCCAUAACCCCUACUUUCCUUGAAAGAUCUCGCUCUCAAAUGUCUGUAAGCCUAUCUCUUUCCUCCACCAUACGAUUUCACAGAUCCAACCGUCGGAUUCCUUCCUCUCCCCAAAUGACGAUUCGAGCCUUCGCCCCAUCCGUCAAUCUCCCAGAACCAGCAAAUCUCUACGAUGUCCUACGUGUCAAGCAAACCGCCACUCCGAUCGAGAUCAAAACCGCUUACCGGACGCUUGCGAAGCGGUUCCAUCCCGAUACAGGAUCCGACGGCCGAGAUUUCAUCCAGAUUCAUGAAGCCUACGCCACGUUGUCGGACCCAGCUGCGAGGGCGGUGUACGACCGGUCGAUGCAGCCGGGGAUCCGGUUCGACGGCCGGGGACGGUAUGGGCCAGCGUUCCGGACGAGGAGGUGGGAGACGGACCAGUGCUGGUAGGAGUCUGACACGUGUUGUGAUUGUACAGACCGCUGACGUGGCGGGUAAAGGGCAUUUCGUGUAAAUUUCUGACUCUGUCGAGUGGCAGGAUAUGUAAAUAAUGAUCAUGUUGUGGAGUAAUUCGAGACUUGAAUUCGUGAUGGCAA